UUAGUUUGUUAGAGUCUGUUAUUUUGCACACUAAGAAAAACAUAAUGGCAUCUGCUGGACUUCAGAUGUUGGCCACUGUUCUCGCGGUCCUCGGCUGGUUGGGAGACAUCAUUAUCUGCGCGCUCCCCAUGUGGAAGGUGACGGCGUUUAUUGGCACCAACAUCGUGACCGCGCAGACCUUCUGGGAAGGCCUCUGGAUGAACUGCGUGCAGCAGAGCACGGGCCAGAUGCAGUGCAAGGUCUACGACUCCAUGCUGGCACUGCCACAAGAUCUCCAGGCAGCUCGAGCGCUUGUAAUCAUCUCAAUCCUCGUGACCUUCUUGGGACUUUUCCUGGCCGUCGCUGGAGGCAAGUGCACCAACUGCAUUGAAGAACGGGACGCAAAGGCUAAAGUGGGGGUCGCGGCCGGCGUCUUCUUCCUGGUGGGUGGCGUUCUGUGCCUGAUCCCGGUCUGCUGGUGCGCGAACACCGUCAUCAGGGACUUCUACAACCCCAUUCUGUCUGAGGCUCAGAAGCGCGAGCUGGGGGCGUCUCUGUUCAUCGGCUGGGGCGCGUCUGGUCUGCAGCUCAUCGGCGGGGCGCUUCUCUGUUGUCAGUGCCCAAAGAGCGACGGUCGUGGUUAUUCCGUGAAGUACUCGGCUCCGAAGUCCGCUCCAGGAGCCUAUGUAUGAGACCCAGUCUGGACCCAAACUAAUUCUCCUGUUUAUGAAGGAAGAGCUAUGAAUUUUAAUCUCUGGUCCUGAGUGACCAUUUUAACAUUAAUAAAUCCACUUUUGUGUAA